AUGCCGAGCAGCAGCGAAACGAACAACACUGCCGAGUACUCGGCGCUGCUGCUCGGGUCGAGAGCCGCUGCCGACCACGGAGCGACGUCGCUGCGGGUGGAAGGCGACAGCACCCUUGUGAUCCAGCAGGUGCGCGGCAUCUUCGCGGCGAGGAACGCCGUUCUACGCCGCCUCCGCGACCAAGUCAAGGUAGAGCUCGCGCGGGUGGGGAGCUUCUCACUCCACCACAUCGACCGCCAAGCGAAUGCCCAUGCCGACCGCCUGGCCAAUCGAGCCCUCGACCUCCGCCGGACGAUGAUGGAGUGCGGCGCUCACACGGCAGGCGACGGCUGUACGAACACGACGCUGGACCCUAUGCCCGUGCUGCCGCCCCAGCCGACACCCCGCGCUCCGCCCCCGACACCCGCGGCCGACACCAACAUCGAGAUGCAGGAGCCGGAGGACGAGGAUCUCGCCGACAUCGACGACGGCGAGGUCUAUGCAGCCAUGCGCAUCGGGCCGGACGCAGUUCCGCAGCGUCGACCCCGCCUCCGACUACGCCAGCUCACCGAAGCUGAGGACGACGCUGCCCGCGAGAUGGUGGAGCGGCUUGGCGCGACGCUGGCGGCCAAGAUCACUGACGCCAGUGACUGGGAGUCGGCGGAGGGCUACAUCACAGCCCUCCCGCACCUCCUGUACGACAAAUUGCAGCCGUACUCCCAGGCCCAGCGACGCCCCGAGCCGCGUCCCCAGCGCGAUGCACAUGGAGACAACGAGCGCGAUGGCGACGCCAGUCAGCAGGACUCGGCGCGACGGAGGCAGUGCAGGCGCCGCGGGCGCUCUGGUGCAGCGAAGCGGCGACGUCGCCGCCGCCCGCCGCGGGUGACUCGACACCACCGCGAGCACCGCCUCGACGAGGCCUUGGACGACCUCCACGCCGUGGAGCAGGCUUCGCCCGGAGACCGCACGGCUGUUCGCCGAGCCCGCCGCCGCGUCGGCCGCGUCAACUCGGCCAUCGACCAACAGCACCUGCGUCACCGGUUCGACACGGACGAGAAAGCCUGCGUCGAAGACAUCCUGGCCAAGGCACGCGCGCAGCAGGAGACGCCAAGGACAGCGGCCUCCAGCGCCGGCACCGCAUCGGACCUAGCGGCGCCAGCGGCAGGCGCCACAGACGACGGUACCUGCCCCAUUCCGGGCGAUGAGCUCUGGCGGUACUUCGACGGCGUCAACACACCCAGCCAGGAGUUCGCUCCGGACGCCCCGGCGGGUGCUGCCUUCCGCUCCGCUAUGACCCACCUGCCUGCCGCGUCGAGGUUCAGGGAGCUGCUCACGGAGGCGCCGACACAGGACGAUAUCGAGUCACAGCUGCAGCACGCCCACGGCACCUCCAGCCCCGGCCUCGAUGGCGUCGGCUAUGACGUGUACCAGCACUUCGCCGCGCAGCUCCUGCCCGUGCUCGCCACCGCCUUCCAGAAGUGCUGGGAGGCGAAACGUGUGCCCCAGAGCUGGAAGCUCGGGGUGGUGCGGCUGCUGCACAAGAAGGGCGCGCGCGAGGACCCGGCGAACUGGAGGCCCAUUUGCCUCCAGCAAGCCAUCUACAAGCUCUACACGGGGGUCCUCGCGCGGCGGCUG